AUGCCCGGAUCGCUGGCAGACUACCUCGCAAAGAACUACCUUAAUGCGGACCCGGCUCCCGAACGCCCAAAGAAAAAGCGCAAGAAGACAAAGACAACAGACACCGCAGGCUCCGGCCUUGUCAUCGCCGACGACGACCCACCAGACCUCCGACACCUCAAUACAACGCUCCAAGAUGAUGAAGACAGUCCCUUCGUCGAUAAAUCAGCUCAGAGUGCCGAGUUCCGUCGCGCUAAAACAUCAGGCUGGAAGACGGUGGGUGGACCAGCACCCGGUGCCGAUAAGGGCGAACAAGAAGCUGCAGAUGCAAUCCUAGCUUCAGCCGCCGCAGAGCGUGCAGCACAACGAGCGGACGAUGAAGACGCGCCUAUGGUCGAAGGAACAGAAGAAGACGAUGGACCGAAAAUGGAGUCCGGUGUGCGUGGUGGUCUGCAAACAGCAGCACAAACAGCUGCGAUGGUGAAAGCACAAGAACGCCGUCGCAAGGCUGAGGAGGCGCUAUUUAAAGACCCAGCCGCUACAGAUGAAAAGGAGCAAGAAACAAUCUACCGUGAUGCCUCCGGACGAAUUAUCAAUGUAGCGAUGAAACGAGCGGAAGCGCGACGCGCCGAAGAAGAAAAACGACUAAAGGAGGAACAAGAACGGGAGGCCCAAAUGGGUGAUGUGCAGCGACAACAGAGAGAGACCCGCCGACAAGAACUUCAGGAGAUCAAGGCUAUGCCUGUUGCGCGUGGAAUUGAAGACGAGGCUCUGAACGAUGAAUUGCGGGAUCGCGGCCGGUGGAAUGACCCUGCUGCUCAGUUUUUGACGCAGAAGAAAGGGCCUGGAGCUAGUGUUACUGGAAAGCCACUUUAUCAAGGGUCAUCUCAACCGAAUCGUUAUGGUAUUCGACCUGGACAUCGGUGGGAUGGUGUUGAUCGGGCGAAUGGGUUUGAAAAGGAUUGGUUUGCAUCGCGGAAUAAGAAGAGUCGCAUUGAGUCGUUGGAAUACCAAUGGCAGAUGGAUGAGUAG